CCUGUUUAGCCCGGGUUUGGACUGAAUCUGGGUCUGGGGAAAAAGGGGGUAUCUUUUUUGUGUUAGUAGCCAUUUGAGGCCAUCAUUCCUGGAUCUCCAAAGCUUUUUGUGGUCGGAUCCAGAACUCAGCUAUGUGGACGUAGGAGAUGACGUGAAGUUUGGCGUUAGCUUUCUAGAAAGAGCCAGGGGUGCAGCGCUGGUAGCUACGAGGGAGGGCGGAAUGGCUAUUUAAAGAGGGGGAACCAGGGAGAGGAGGAGAGGAAAAACAGAGUACAACACAAGCCACAGCAUCGAGUAACCGCCUCCGAUAUAGACAGACGAGCAGAGGGAGAAAAGCCAGCUAACAGUGAAGUCAGCUAGCUGCCUUCGUCCUGCCAUCACCCUCCACUCAUAACGGUUAACGGUUUUUCUCCACAGGCUAACCGGCUAAUUCGCCUCGGGGGGGCAAGAUGGGGAAAGACUACUACAAAAUACUGGGCAUUUCGAAAGGAGCGGCCGAGGAGGACAUUAAAAAGGCGUACAGAAAACAGGCUCUAAAAUGGCACCCGGACAAAAACAAGGCGCCCAACGCCGGCGAGAAAUUCAAGGCGAUAGCCGAGGCUUACGAGGUCCUCAGCGACCCGAAGAAACGAGAGAUAUACGACCAGUACGGAGAGGAAGGUCUGAAAGGAGGCGGAGGACCCACCGAUGGACAGGGAAGCAACUUCACCUACACCUUCCACGGAGACCCCCACGCCACCUUCGCCACCUUCUUCGGUGGCGCCAACCCGUUCGAGAUGUUUUUCGGCAGGAAGGUGAACGGGAGGGACGACGACGACAUGGAGGUGGACGGCAGCGACCCCUUCGGCUCCUUCACCAGCUUCAACAUCAACGGGUUCCCCCGCGGUGACCGGCACGUGGGGCUGGGAGGACAGCCGCGGACCAGGAAGCAGGACCCCCCCAUCCACCACGAGCUGAGAGUGUCGCUGGAGGAGGUCUUCCACGGCUGCACCAAGCGCAUGAAGAUAUCCCGCAAGCGCCUGAACCCGGACGGGCGCACCAUGAGGACGGAGGACAAGAUCCUCACCAUCGAGAUCAAGCGCGGCUGGAAGGAGGGCACAAAGAUCACGUUCCCGCGCGAGGGCGACGAGUCGCCCAACACCAUCCCGGCUGACAUCGUCUUCGUCAUCAAGGACAAACCCCACGCCCACUUCAGAAGAGAGGGAUCCGACAUCGUCUAUCCUGUGCGAGUCAGUUUGCGGCAGUCUUUGUGCGGCUGCUCUGUUACCGUGUCGACGAUAGACGGGAAAACGUGCAACAUGAAGAUCACCGACGUCAUCAAACCCGGCAUGAGGAAGGUAAUCGCGGGACAGGGGUUGCCCUUCCCUAAAAACCCGGAGCAAAGAGGGGAUCUCAUAGUGGAAUUUGACGUGACCUUUCCGGACAGCCUGCCGUCCAACGCCAAGGACGUCCUGAAACGGCACUUACCAGCUUCGUAAAAAAAACGGGACCGGACUGAACGAACAAUAAAGUCCCGAGAACUGCUUUUCACCUCCUCCCUUUGGACCUUGUCGACAAAUCACAGCUACGCCCCCAUAAAGAAUGUGCAAUUUCUAUUUUUUAAACUAUAUUUAGUGUUUAGUUUUGUUGUUUUUUAAAUAUGUUGCAUGCUGAAAUAAGGUCAUACGUGCAAAAAAGUGCAAUCUCAGUGUCCGAAAGUAAAUAUCGACAUUUGACUUCUUUCCACGGUGGCUGUAUCUUCUCAUUUCUCUCUUCAAUCGUGCCGUUUGGGCAGAAAAUACUGAGCACAAGUACAACACUCGGAGAAAUGAAAGAGACUGUUUCCUACGUUUUACAGAGUAGCAUUAUUUCUAUGUGUUUCUAUAGACAGCGACGAUUUUCUUACUGAAAGGAACUGCCUGAUGUAAACUGUGAAACGGUAGAUUUUACUUCUUGCUUCAGAAUAGGUUUUAAAGCCCCAGGUAACCUAAAUCUGUGUUCAUCUUGCACAAACAAUGUCCUGUGAAUAA